GGUUAUCUCAGAGGACAAAUAUGACACCAUCAAAAGCAAAGUGCAAGAAAUCGGCACAGAUCCACAACUAUAUUUCCCGACUAAUGUUAGGACGAUGGAGGUACUCACUUCCAAUUAUGAUCUGUUUAUAAAGACUAUUUGCAACAUGGACUAUCGCAGGCAUAAGGUGCCAUCAGCUCCGAGAGAAAUAGAUGCUCUCAUGCUUGGUGCAUAGAACCGUUCAUGAAAAACAUCAGGCUGCAGGGCCCAAUUGAUGACAGUUACACUACGGAAGAGCGCUUGUUUCAACUAGGCGUCACGCAACUGUGGGAAAGAGCAAACCACUUGAAAUGCCAAUUUCACGAAGGAGGCAAGCGUUAUUUUCAGCAUGUUGAGCGCGGAUUCUGUAUCAAGAUGUACGGACGAUUGACAACUGCAGCCUGCUAUGAGAUACAGGACUUUGAGGAGGAAAUGAUAUCAUCACAUAGGCGAGAAGUGGACGAUGGAAGGAAAGCAAAUCAAACAUUUCACACCGAGAAAAAUCCCCCAUGCCAAACCCGUCAUUGUCACCUGUGGCGAGGAAACGUACAAAAUUCGCGACAGAAAAUUUGUGAAGCUAGAUCUCUAUGGACGUAUUCUAAAGUGCUUCAGACUCAAAAUGACAAUCAAGAACUGGACAAGAUUUCCCAGGAGGUGAUUCCGGAAUGGUCCGGGCAUCCUGUGAUAUUAAAGGAAAUGUCCAUGACGCAGGCGAGCAACCCUGUGAAGAAUUACACACUGUGUUUACUGUCCGAGAUGGCACGGAUGAAGAUUAUAGGAAAUGCUGUGGUCUCACAUGUGUAAUUUUAUCCCAUAAAGUGUACAAAUUUCAGAGCAUACUAAGGGAAGGAAUAACACCAAUGUGAAUAGAAAGAGCGAAAAGGCUGAAAGAAAUAUAUACCAAAAUUAUAUAACAUAUAAAAUUCC